GGGCCUCUACGUUUGACGCCAUUUUCCCAGACAACAACAAGUAUUUCAGCGCUUAUGACGAGACCGCGGGUUGCCAGUUGGAGGUUGGAGUCGACUGCUUUCACGCUCUGCCCCUCCUCGAGAUCCAGAAGAAUCUUUAGCGCCGCAGCGGAAAGCUUAGACGUCUUCUGCCAGGCGGGAUAUUAACGCAUGACGGGUGUCUGCGGCAAACAUCUCCCAAGACGUCAACAACCUGGAAGACGUGGCGACGCAUGUCAGGUUGAGUUUAGAGUCUACGCCUCCUGCAAGUAAACAAGAGUUGUGCUGCAGGAGCUUUAGGGCAGACUGCUGACCCACCGACAUCUCCCCAGGCUCGGAGGUCACGCAUGGCCCACCCCGUGCAGGAGCACCAGAGCCGCCUGCCCGUGGCUCAGGCCGCGGUGCUGGCCCUGCCUGCGUCCAGCCAGACCCAGGACUUGAGGCCCCGAUUGUCUGCUGUGGACUCCCUGCUCUGUGGUGCAUUCGCUGGAGCUGUGGCCAAAACAGUUAUUGCUCCCCUGGAUCGCACCAAAAUCAUUUUCCAGGUGUCCUCGAAAAGAUUCUCGGCCAGGGAGGCCUUCCGGCUCAUUUACUGCACGUACCUGAAAGAUGGGCUGCUCAGUCUGUGGAGGGGGAACUCUGCGACCAUGGUGAGGGUCAUGCCCUACGCCGCCAUCCAGUUCUGCUCACAUGAACAGUACAAGAAACUGCUGGGGGGGGAUUAUGGCUCCCAGGAAAGGGCCCUACCUCCGUUCCCACGUUUACUGGCAGGUUCUCUGGCCGGUACCACUGCCGCCACGCUCACCUACCCUCUGGACGUGGUCCGAGCCAGAAUGGCAGUCACUGCCAAAGAAAUGUACAGCAACAUUAUGCACGUCUUUGUCCGCAUUUCCCAAGAAGAAGGAGUGAGGACUUUGUACAGAGGGUUCACGCCCACCAUCCUCGGUGUCAUCCCAUAUGCAGGGAUCACGUUCUUUACUUAUGAAACCCUGAAAAAACUCCAUGCAGAAAGGACAAAGCGAUGUCAGCCUUACCCCCAUGAGCGCUUGGUCUUCGGAGCCUGUGCCGGCCUCAUCGGACAGUCUGCUUCUUACCCUCUGGACGUGGUGCGGCGGCGCAUGCAGACGGCGGGUGUCACAGGCUCAUCCUACUCUACGAUUGUGGGGACGAUCCGGGAGAUCGUGACGAAGGAAGGAGUGGUGCGCGGAUUGUACAAGGGCCUGAGCAUGAACUGGCUGAAAGGGCCCGUUGCCGUGGGGAUCAGCUUCACCGCCUUUGACAUCACUCACGACCUUCUGCUGAAGCUGCAUCAGAUGGGUUACUCCAUCAGCUGAAUGGAGGGUGAGCCAGAGAGACCAUGGUGAGGACGGUGUCUGCUCUGUGCAGUCCAGCUGUGGGGGGAAAAACGCACAUCAGGAGCUUUCGGUCAGAGAGACGAGGCUCGUUUUUUUAAUGGACAUCAUAGCUUGGCUGUCAAAUCACAGCACAUCAGACUGUCACUAAAGAACUGCCGUUUGGAGCGGUUAGAACGCUUAGAAAAAACCCUGAAUCAGCAGGAAAAUCCUGGGUUUUAAUGAUUUCUACUGAAGCAAACUGUCAUUUCUGCUUUAACCUUAAACUACAGUCUCUUUAGUUUCCGUGUUGGAGUUUAGUUCUACUGAUCAUUUUGUGCUACAAAGUGAAUAUAUGCUAAAGUAAUGCUGGUGCCUGGGACCAGUGAGUUUAUACUGAUGGGAGAGGAUUGUGUCAGCAGGCCUGCACAGUUUCUCUGUCCCUCCAAGACUGAGCUGAAUCAGAACGUCCUCAUGUAUGUGUCAUAGACCCUAAUCAAUAAAAAUCGAUGUAAAUCAGCAAA